GCCGAAAGCGAUUCAUUCAUUCAGUCAUCAAAGACACCGAAAAUAAUUGUGUUGUGUAGAUGUUCUAAUUAAAUAGAAUCAGAAUGCAUAUAUAUUCGCAAACUUUGGUUUUUGUUUUACUAAUAGUAAGUUGUGUGUUGUGUGAAAAUAAGUACUCCAAAUCGGCCAACGAGAAAAAGAAAAGUGAGGUUGAUUUUAGAAACUUAGAUAAGCCAUUCAGGAUGAAUAAACUUAAUUUAUUAUGGACUAAAGCACGACAGCGCUUAACAGAACCGAAGCUAAAGUCAUUGUACAGUGACUUGAUGAUACAAGACAAGGAAGAGCUCAUACAAAAGAGGGUGAAGAGUGAAGGAGGAGAUAAAGAGGGCUUGAAGGAAGCAGAACUGAGGCGCAAACUUAGCAACAUUAUGUCGAACUAUGGACUCUUACAUCACUUUGAACCUGAUGCACCCAGAGGAAAGGAUCAUCCUGGUUUCAAUUCAGCAAUGGAUGACUACAUUAACAAAAGUAUAUUCAAAGACAAGAAGCUCAACUACUUGUGGACCAAGGCUGAGUCAGCAGGAUUCACUAUGGAGGAGCUGAUGGCUUUAAGAGAAGAGUUCACACAUCAUCAGGAGAAAAUCGACCAGUAUUAUGACCUCUUCAGUGAUGAUUCACCAAAAAAUGAUGCUUUUAAAAAUGUUAUAAAUGAAGAUGAGUUAGACAAGUUUAAUGAGAUUGGAGGUGACCAAGCAACAGAGAUGAACAAGGAUUACAUUGACAAAGCCAACCUCAUUAGAGAAAAGCACCAAGUUUUAAGGGAUGGCUAUGAUAGAAUACAAAGGGUUAUUGCUAAAGGUCCCAACAAUAAGGAGUUCAUAGAACCUAAGGUGCAAGGACUAUGGAAGAUUGCAGUAUCAGCUAAUUUCACAACUGAAGAACUAGCUUCUUUGAAGGUGGAACUGCAGCAUUACGAGUCUCGACUGUUGAAAUUACGUCACUUGCAAGCUGAUCAUGUAAGCAAUCGUGAAAAACACAAGAGCAAGGUGGCCGGGACAGGCGACAAAUUCAAUCAUUUUGAAGACCAGGAGCAGAUGAUCAAAAAGCACUCCAGAAAGGUUGAGAAGAUGCACGCAGAUCUUGAGAGCAAGAUAUUAGAACGUCAUACAGAGCUCUAAUGCCUCAACACUUUGCCGACAUCAUUAUAAGAAAAAAAAUCUUGUAUUCCAUUGACCAUGCAUUUUUGAACAAAGUGUGAUUUAUACUAAUUGUUUGGUUAAUCAUUUUUAUAGUAACCAUGUUACAUAUUGUCAUGAGGUCUAUUUUCGUAACUGUCCAAGAUUAUUUUUGUAAUAAAAAUAAGUUUACUGUGUACGUAACUUUGUAAAUAAACAAGUAAGAAUC